AUGGCUUACUAUGGAAAUGGUAAAGGACGUACGAGGAACCACCAUAACAGUUUCGAUAGGGAUGAACCCAACGGCUUCAAAAAUCCACAGUAUGGUCCACAUGUGCAGCUAAUCGAUGCGAACUGGGAGCGACAAGUGACGGCAAAAUUGGAUGAGUUUUUGAAUGGCAAUACGACAGAGCUUUGUUUUCCUCCAAUGGAACGUCCGGAGCGGCGUCGUUUGCACGAGUUGGCUAGACGAAAAGGCCUGCAAACAUCUAGCGAGGGCAGGGAGCCCAACCGGCGAUGUGUCGUUCAUCGGCGUCCGGUUCCACGAUUGGCAGCUGUUGGUGCAAACGAAACACAACCAAUUCGACUGACUCCCGAAAUUCGAGAGACGUUGUCGCGGUUCAUUUCUCAGUAUCCCAUAUAUGGUUCGGCCAUAGAACGACAUGUCACCGCCCCGAAAGCUCGAGAUCGCUCUCAGCGAGACAUGAGUAACAGGGAACGUCCCGAAAUGCUUGUGCCGCAACGAAGUAACAGCAGUACAGAAAUGCAGCAGCAGCGGAAGAUGCUUCCUGCGUAUAGACAGCGAGAUGAUGUACUGCGUGCUAUCAAUGACCACAAAGUUGUGUUGAUCACGGGUGGCACUGGUUGCGGAAAAACCACACAGGUGCCACAAUUUCUGCUUGAGCAUGCAUCAGAAAAUAAUCAGCCGCUGCGAAUUGUGUGUACUCAACCGCGCAGGCUUCCAGCAAUAGCUGUAGCAAAUCGGGUGGCUAGGGAACGUGGAGAAAGCCUUGGAUCAACUGUUGGUUAUCACAUUCGCCUAGAGCAGAGAACUUCACCUCAAACCGUCCUCACGUAUUGCACUAGUGGUGUUCUGCUGAGAAUGCUAACACAAGAUGAUGCAGCUCGUGAUAUAUCCCACAUCAUUCUUGACGAAAUACAUGAACGAGAACAAAAUACCGAUUAUUUGUUGAUAGCAUUGAAGCAGGCACUGAAAAAACGGAACGACUUAAAGGUAAUAUUGAUGUCAGCUACUAUGGAAGGAAACUUGAAGCUUUUCACUAAAUAUUUUGUGUGA